ACGCAUGUUCCCGACCUUCCAAGUCCGCCUCUUCGGCCUCGACCCUGGCAGCGACUACAUGCUCAUGAUGGACUUUAUUCCCGUGGACGACAAGCGAUAUAGAUACGCCUUCCACAGGUAAGACAGGUAAUUGCUCUCGUGGAUCGUAGCGGGGAAAGCGGACCCGAACUCCCCCCCUCGCAUCCACGUGCACCCGGACUCACCCGCGAAAGGAGCUCAGUGGAUGAAGCAAGUGACGUCAUUCGAUAAGCUCAAGCUCACCAACAAUCAGCUGGAUGAUAAUGGACAUAUCAUCCUGAACUCCAUGCACCGUUACCAACCCCGCUUCCACGUCGUCUACGUCAACCCGAAGACAGAAGAUGUUUCUUCGACCGAAAAUUUCAAGACGUUUGUGUUCCCGGAGACCAAGUUCACGGCCGUCACUGCGUAUCAGAACCACAGGAUAACGCAGCUGAAGAUCGCCAGCAACCCGUUCGCAAAGGGCUUCCGAGACUGCGAUCCGGACGAGUGCGUGGUGGAGGUCCUGAACCAGCUGCAACAACCAGGUGGUGGAGGCGGGGGAGGUGGAGGCGGCGGAGGAGGCGGAAGCGGAGCUGGAUCAGCAGCUGUGGCGGCGCAGCAGAGAGGGAUGCAGCAGAGACAGCAGCAGAGGCAUCCGGGCGUGACUUACCUCUCGUAUCAGAAUUCCGGCGUGAAAGAAGACGAGUGCGACGCAGACGGAGGACUGGUCUCCCGGAUGAUGGGCGGCUCGGCCAUGACGCCCUCGGGGCUCUUGCAGGGCUCUCCUCCCACUCUCACGCCCGGCCUCACCUCCACCUCGCGGGCGGACGGCGUGGGCGCGGGCGGCGGCCAGUGCGCGCCCCUCAACCAGCCGUACGCGGGCGACAUGUGCACGUACGGCCCCAUGUACGGCCCUUACAACUACGGCAGCGUGAAGGCGCGGGGCUCUCCGUACGCGCGCACCUCGCCCGUGUACCCGCCGCCGUACCCCGCGCCGCCGCAGCUCAACUCGCAGCUCUACCGCCAGCCGCCGACCUACCACGACUACUCCUCCAGAUAGAUCGGCGCCGCCGCCCAGCGAACCGAAAGCGACCAACUUCCCGCAGUCCUUCUCUUCCGCUGCUACCUGCUCUCUCCCCGCGGCUGCUGCGGCCGCCCGCGGGUGCGGGUGGGCCUGGAGGAGGCUGCGGACGCCAUGCCGUGCGUGCGACGUGGCCCUUCUUCGGCGGGCUGAGGUGUCGGCGGCGGCCAAGAGGUGGCGGGACCUCCAUUGUGCCUCCGCGCCGAUGUCGAUGACGCGACGCCUCCCGCGCCACGCCCGCGCCCUCCCGCAACUGCAGAGACCGCCACGGCGCCGCUCAAAGCGCCCCGUGGCAAAAGGCAGUUGCAGUUGCCUUUCCCGAUGUGUAAAUACGGCCGAAACUGUGGUCUUGUGGUCAUCAAAUCGCUGUCGUUUGAGUGACCUGCGAGAGAGAGACUUAAUGACAGUAAAUUUGACAUAUUUAACACUGUACUUAAGCGCGGCUGUAAAACCGAUGUGUUCAGUCGUCUCUACAAUAUCCACCUCACUCGCUGGAUGGAAAUGAAUGGUUAUUUAGUAAAGGUGAAUCUUGCUAGCGAAUUCCCAAGUGUCUGGUUGUGACGAACGGCAAGUGAAAGGAAGCUUCAGUGACCGUGAUAAGAAUGUUGCCAGCGAAGACCAGUUUGGAAAAUAUAACAAGAAUACUUCCUUCCUUUUGUAAAAAAAAUUCUAAUAAUCAAAAAUAUAAAUAAAGAUAGCAAAGAAUGGUGCCCAAAAUCCAAAAUAAAACCACUCACAGUGAGAGACACUUUGCGAUAAUUAACGGAAGAGUGUUGAGAUGUAGAUGAAGAUGAUAAGGACAACUGAAGUAUUAAGUGUGACAGCUGCUGAACCUUAUCUGAUGUUGGUGUGAAUGAUAAUGAAUCAACAGUGGUGAAAGUGCAUUAAAGAAGAUGACAUAUCAAACGCUGACAACAGAAUCGGCAAUAAUCAUGGAACUGGAGGGAAAAUAAGCUAAAGAUCAGUGUAUGCAACAGGAUUUGCAAUUUCUCGCUAACUCCAGAUAAUGUAUAGGCUGUGAUAUGUAAGGCUUUUAAGAAUGUCACACGGGAAUAUCUCGUGACAUAUGGUUGAUGUCUUCUCUGCUAUUGACUCGCAAUGACAUGUUAGUAUGUACAAUGAAAAAUGUUAAUUGGCAACCAUCAACAGUGGAUAUUAAUGUGCGAAAUUAUAUUCAGAAAUUUAUGCAGGUAAAGAUAUAUAUGUAUGUAUUGGGAUUUUAUGUGUUGGUUGAAAUGAACUGGAGAAGAAAAGGAAAUAGAGAAACAAACAAUGAAGAGAGAAAAAAGGAAGAUAGGAAGGCAAGUGGACAUUCAUUUGUUAUUUACAGUGUUAUUUUCAACUUCGGUGAUCAGUUAAUAUAAAUAUGAUACUUGUAAUAUUGUCAUUAAUACGCUUUGUACAGUAAUCAGCUAAGUAUGCUACUGUAAAUAUAUAUAUAAAUAUAUAAAUAUAUCAAAACCAGCUGUAUAUAUCGUGUAUUUAUAAUUACUAUCCCUCGUCAGCCUCUUUAGCUUCUUAAUGGUUGGAGAUCUGCUAAACGUCGAGGGAAAAUUGUCAGAUAAUAAAAAGUAAAACAAUAUUGUCAAAUAAUAAAAAAAGGUAUAUAUUA